UCUGGUGGAGGUGGUGGUCGGAGCCUGAGCAGGUGGAAGCCGCUCCGUGUCGCUGCUGCUGCCGCUGCCGCCCCUCAUUAGAAACACAAUCCCGCUGGGGAGGGACGACACGGCACAGCGAGCAGCACGCACACGGGGAACAGUCACCUAACAAACCUGCAAGCCGGGCUCUUUCUUUUUUCUAUUGGGAGGAGGAGGACAACCGGGAGGGAAGCCAUUAGGAAUCAGUGCGGGAUUUAUUCGGGGGUAAAAACAAACAAGCGAGCGGAAAAAACUUCCAGGAAUGACCGGGUUUCUGUGAGCCUGACGACCCGGUGAAUCGAGUUUGCUGAGAGAGGAGGAAGAAGAGGAGGAGGAAGAAGAAGUGAUCUCCUCUCCUCGUAUUUCAGUGGCGCACGGGGAGUGAACUCUGUGGACCACCGAUCAUCUGUGGACUUUGACUCUGCGCCUCCGAACACUGUUCUCCUCCAGAUCCGCUGUCAUUAAUAAAAGACACGUUUUUUAGAAACACCCUAGGAGCUGGUCUUCAGAUCUCGCUGCAAUGGGGGAGCAGCCAAUCUUCACCACCAGGGCCCACGUCUUCCAAAUCGACCCGACCACCAAGAAGAACUGGGUUCCUGCCAGCAAGCAGGCUGUCACUGUCUCCUAUUUUUACGACAGCACACGCAACAGCUACCGCAUUAUCAGCGUGGAUGGAUCCAAGGUGAUCAUCAACAGCACCAUCACACCCAACAUGACGUUCACCAAGACAUCGCAGAAGUUUGGCCAAUGGGCCGACAGUCGGGCCAACACGGUGUUUGGACUGGGCUUCGCCUCUGAGCAGCAGCUGAGCAAGUUUGCUGAGAAGUUCCAGGAGGUAAAAGAAGCGGCCAAGCUGGCGAGGGAUAAAUCUCAAGAGAAGGUGGACACGCUGAGUAAUCACUCCCAGGAGUCUGGCCCUGACACGCCCUCCUCCAACCAGGCGUCCAGCAUCAACGGGACAGAUGAUGAGAAAUUCUUUCAUGUGGGUCCAGAGGACGCCGUGCUGCAGACCGAGAACGAUCAGCUGAAGAGUGCAGUAGAGCAGAGCAACACCAACGCCAAAAAGUGGGAAACAGAGCUGCAGACUUUGAGAGAGAAUAAUGCCAGGCUGGUGGACGCACUCCAGGAGUCUUCGGCUAAUGUGGAGAGCUGGAAGAAACAACUCAGUACCUGCAAGGAGGAGAGCGACACGCUCAGGGAAAAGAUCGCUGUACUAGAAUCCCAGUGUAACGAAGCCAAUCAGGAGAAGCAGCAAAACGCCCAACUGGGUGUACGAGUGCAGGAGCUGGAGGCGGAGCUCCAGGACAAAGAGCAGGAGCUGGAGAACCUGAGGAAGCAGGCAGAGAUCAUCCCUCAGCUCAUGGCAGAGUGCGAGAGCAUCACUGAGAAACUGCAGGCUGCAGAGACGAGGAACAAGGAGCUGGAGGGCCGGAUAGAGGGUCUGCAGCUGGACAUAGACGACAGUCGACAGAAGCAGGGCAACAUGAAGGGCGAGCUGAAGAAGUUCAUGGACAUUCUGGACGGAAAGAUCGACGAGCUGCACGAGGUCCGGCAGGGGCUCUCCAAGCUCGGCGUCGAUAAUUGAGAAAAUGUGGCACGGAGCUGAAAGGGUCAGAGGUCAGGUACGAAUGAGUCACUACAGUACGUCUUCAGGCCAGAAACUAUGUGGCACCUCCCCCCCACCCCCCCCAAAAGGUGACGUCCACUCAGACGCUAUCAGCUUUGGCUUCUUAUAAACACUCCCAUGUGAGAGAGAGACUGGCCGAGUGGAAGGAGGGGGGCCGGCUUGCUCCAACAAAUGGCUCCAUUUUGUGUGCUGGCAGAAACUCAAUCAAGAGUCUCACUUACUUAUCUGUUUCUUUGGGGGGGGGGGGGGUUUGGCUUUAAGAAGCUGGUGGAGGGUUCUUCGACUCUUAGGGCAGCAGAGGGGACUUAAAGGGCUAAAACAUGACUGUGUUCAGUGUCACUGGUGUAAUAAUUGGUAUUAAUCCCUGUGCCCCCCCCCCCAGAGAAUUUGACAUGGAAUCUUUCUACAGACUGUCUGUUGCCUCUCGUCUAUCUCAGGUGUGUUGGAAGACAAAUUGUACUCGGGAGAUGAUAUGCACAUAUAUAAAUAUAUAUAUAAAUAUAUAAAUACACAAUGGCCGUGACACAAAGUGCCUCCAGGUGAGUGUAGAUCCGCCUGGCGAGGAGAAAUGGCCAAAGUGAUGACCAUCACCAUAAUAAUAACUUUAUGAUUCAUGUGAGGGAAACCAAACCUCACGACUAUGAAGAGAUGAAAACUGCAGGCAGAUGUGCCCCCCCACCCCGAGGACGUUAAUGGACGUUAAUCCGUUCAUUAAUGAAGUCAAACGACAAAACAGGAGUUUGCACAAAACUCUGGUCUGAGCAGCAGGAAUCCAUCAUGUUUUCAUAAAGAGGGAAAUCUCUGUAGUUUCAGGAUCCCCGUCCUGCUGUGAGUGUAGUGUAGUGUUCAAAUGACUUUGUGUGUGCAGGUGUAUUGUUGUCAGUUUGUAGAGCAAAGGUCUUUGUCUCCAAGGUUGUUGAUGUGCUUCCUACACACUGGUUAUGGUUAUGGUGGUGGUUAUAUCUGGGUGAGGGGACUUGGUGGUGUGGACUGGGUGAACACUUAGACGGCGUGGGGGCUUUUCACUAAAACCCUGUCGAGGUUUUUGUUUUACGUAUUUAUUUAUUUUUGGUGCCUCUCUGCAACUAGUGUUUCUAAAACAAACCAAGUAAAUCAGCGUCACCUUAAUCUCCACACAUGUACAAUAUUAUGUGAAACACACCAAACUGUCAGGAUCCAGAGGUUUUCACAGUGGAGGGGUCGAGAGUCACAGCUGCUUCUGGGACGUUCAUCUUGAAACACGUUGCGUUUGAGAUCAAAAGCACAAGUUGUGGUGACAUAUUUAAUACUGGGUAAUACUAUGAUGUUUUUGUUUGUUUCUGAGAUAUUUACAAAGGGACUUUUUGCUUAUUUCUCUCUGUUUGACUUUACUGUUCCUAACUCACCAGAACCCGGAUGACACAACGUAUGAUCCUUCCUUUCUGAACCAAUGCCUCUUGUGCACUUUUGUGACUCCUGUUCAAUAUUGUACAAUAGAACUGACAAUUGUUAAAAUCUAGUUUAAUUACAA